GGACCGGCGCUAAGAUAAGAUAAGAGCUGCCUUGGCACGUGCGCUAACGUUUAAACUUUGGCAGACGCGCUAAUCUUCCGCUCCGCAAAAAGGUUCUCUCGCUUUCAAACGAGCUUUGCAGACAGACGCCACGAUGCCGUCUACACAUAACGCCGAGAAGCCAUGGGAUACUGACGAUAUCGACAAGUGGAAGAUCGAGCCCUUCAAACCCGAAGACAACACCGCCGGCCCCUUCACCGAGGAGUCGAGUUUCUCCACCCUCUUUCCCAAGUACCGCGAACAAUACCUUAAGGGCUCUUGGAAAUUUAUCGAGUCGGCUCUGAAGAAACAUGGCAUCACUGCUACGCUCAAUUUGGUCGAGGGCUCAAUGACGGUUGCAACAACCCGCAAGACGUAUGACCCGGCCGCAAUCCUAAGCGCGCGCGACCUUAUCAAGCUGCUUGCGCGUAGCGUACCUGCCCCGCAGGCGGUCAAGAUCCUCGAAGACGACGUGGCUAUGGAUAUCAUCAAAAUCAGGAAUCUGGUCGGCAACAAGGACCGCUUCGUCAAGAGGCGGCAGCGCAUCUUGGGACCGAACGGCUCUACGCUGAAAGCGCUCGAGCUGCUGACAGAGUGCUAUUUGCUUGUGCAAGGCAACACGGUCGCGGCUAUGGGCCCCUACAAGGGCCUGAAGACAAUACGACGCAUUAUCGAGGACACCAUGCAUAACGUCCACCCCAUUUACGCCAUCAAAGAGCUCAUGAUCAAGAAGGAGCUUGCGAAAGAUCCGGAAUUAGUGAAUGAGAGCUGGGACCGCUUCCUGCCCAACUUCAAGAAGCGUUCGCUUAGCAAGCGUAGAGUGCCUCACAAGGUCACCGACAAGAGCAAGAAGACGUACACCCCGUUCCCGCCGGCGCAGGAGAAGAGCAAGGUGGACCUGCAGAUCGAAAGUGGAGAGUAUUUCUUGGGCAAGCAUGCGAAAGAGCGCCAGGCUCGAGAGGAUCGCGACGCAAAGAUGAAGGAGAAGAUGGAGGACAAGCGGAAAGAGAGGCAGGCCGGGUUCGUUGCGCCAGAGGAGGAUGGCGAAAAGAAGAAGAAGAAGCGGAAGCGCGAGGAAGGGGAGGACCCGGAGAAGAAAAAGAAGAGGAGUCCGAGAGGAGAGGCAGAGGAAGCAUCAUAGCGGUCACAUCGCUCCAUGACCAGAAUAAUAGUCGAAUGUCCAGAUGCCCAGUUUGGACACCUCGCGGUCAGAACAGCGCAUUAGCGACUCCCCGACGGGAUAGUCAGCAUUCAUCGGUGUUCAGGAUAGUCACAAGGUUCAAUACCCAUUACAUUUACUCUACAAC